CGAGACAUUCUGUGACAUUUCGGAGAAAUACAAGUGAAGGCAGGUUAGCUACAUGGACUCUCACAAACUGUAGAACGAUCACCUUUCUAGACUUUCCACAAUACCUCAUGGAACUUUUUAAGAACAGGAGCUCACUACAUGGAUAUGUUAUGUUUAUGUUCCUCAUGACUCUCAGCAAAGGUUUUGCAUGCGAGGCUCCCUCGAGUCCUCAGUGCUUCAGACGAAAAGCUGAAGCUACUGUUUACACGUGCGAGUGGAGCCUGAACACGACUCAGAGCGACGUGACGUUUGAGCUUUACUUUAAUGAGACAAAAUUUGGGAACAUUAAGGAAACUUUCUAUAAUGUCGUUGAGGAACAACUCAUUCAGUCCCGCAGCGUUAUGAUUUGGGUGGAAGCUCACAUAGGAAACUCCACCUGUAAAUCACCAAAGACGUCUGUCAUACUCCAGGACAUAGUAAAAUAUGAAGCACCACAAAAAAUUUCAGCAUCCUGGUUGAAAAACAACCUCAGCUUGAGCUGGAUAGCUACAGAGAAGUAUCCAGCUGUAGCAGAAGUUUGGUUCAGACGAGACGAGCACCCCACAGAACCGUGGGGAAAAAGAAUAAUAAGUACCACCAUUAACGACAAUAAAGAUCAGCACCAGGUCUUUGUUGUCAACCUUUGGAAGAAUUCAGCGUACCAGGUUCAGAUCAGACACCGAUCCACUAUAGCCAAGAAACCACUGUGGAGUCCCUGGUCUCAAGUUGUGGUUCCUGCAGAACUUGUACAUGAGCCUAAUGUCACCAUGACAAUAACACAUUUCAAUGGCACUCGAAAGGUGACACUAACGUGGAUGCCAAUGCCACUAGGAGCAGCAGUGAGAAAUGUGACGUCGUAUUCUUCGCAACGGUGUAUUUGCACCAAGACUGUAUAUCACAACAAACAUACUAUUUACACGUUUGUGUCGUACUCGGCUGCCAACAUCUCCGUUAUUGCCAGAAAUGAUGUGAGCGUCUCUCCUCCGGCAACCCUGCAAGUACCAGUCGAACCUGCAUCAGAUUUAGAAGCUUGCAACAAAACUUUGGCAGAUAAAGAAAUAAACAGGAAAACUUGUCUUGAGUGGUACGAGCUUCAAGAUGGAAGUCCAGUGCCAAAAAAUGUGAUAACCUUAACAGGAAAAAUGGGUAGAAAGAAGAAAGAAGAAGUAAGAAAGAACCUGAAGGACUACAUCCGUUACCUCUACUUUGAACACAGAUGUCAACAUGGGAGACCACAGACGGUUAAAAUGUGCUUCUUUUAUCAAAAAGAAGGUGUACCACUGAAGGAACCUCAGGAGGUCACCACACUUCACGAAACAGACAUUUCUGCUGACCUGUCCUGGAAAGCGAUUCCUCUUGCGUACCAGCAAGGCUUCCUGACACAUUACCGCCUGUGCUGGGUGAAAAUCAGUUCACAGGAUGAGCCCAGAGUGUGCGACAACAUACCAGCUUCAGAGACUAAAUAUCACCUGGAAAAUUUGAAAGCUGGAAGCAAGUAUAACAUCACCCUAGCUGGGGUGACACAAGUGGGAGAAGGGCCUGAAGCCACAGCAAUCAUCAACACCAAGCCAGGAAAACCUAUGAAUGUGUGGUUGAGUUUCGGCUUGCUGUUUGUCUUCUUUUUAUUCUCAACAACGUGCACCGUUGUCUUGAAGAAGAUCAAAGUCAAGAUUUUUCCUCCUGUGCCAAAGCCUGUUAUCACAGAUUUCAUCCCCCAUCAAUCAAAGACUCAGGAAAUCCUAGAGAAGAAAGAGGAGGUGCACGAUGAGCUGACGCUGCUCAAACUUUAUCCAGAGGGAAAGUCUGUCUCAGAGGAAGCAGAAGAUGUCCGUGUUCUCAGGGACGAGUGGGGCGAUGGGACUGAUGAGGAUAUGGAGCACGACAGGAGUACCUUGGAAGAAUGCAGCGACGACUGUUCGAGCCCCGGCUCUACAGAUGAGGAGCAGAGGAAUUCCAAAGAAGGAGAAAUUACAGACAUUGAGCAAGUGGACAAUGAGCUUGCCAUGCUGAUAUACAAGAACGGCUUGGUGUUUGACAUGAAGACAGAAUUACCUUAAAUGGAUUUAACUUAAGACUUUUCAGCAUCACAGCACAAAAGAACCUAAGCACUUGCUGACUGAAUGAAGGACCUUAGCAAUAAUAUAUUAAUCAGCAAAAGUAUUUUGCUGUUUUUUUUAAUUGACAUUAAUGGACUUUUUUGUUUGUUCAUUGACAUACAGUAGGGGAAAUAAUUAUUUGAUCCACUAUGAAUGUGUAAGUUUGCCCACUUUGCAAAGACAUUUUUAUGGUAGUUUCAUUUUGUAUGCAACUGAGUGAAAUAGGUAUUUGAUCAUAACUUAGUACUUAGUGAAGAAACCCUUGUUGGGAAGCACAGCACUAAGACUUCUCUUAGGUUUAGACACAUCCCAGGAAAGGUUUUGGCCCACUCCUCUUUAUGGUCGCUCUCUGAAUGCUUUAGGUUUUUUUGCUGCCUUUUGGCACAGACACUUCAGCUCCUUCCACUCAGGUCUGGAGACUGGCUAGGCCACUUCCUGACCUUAAUGUGCUUCUUCUUUAGCCACUUCUUUGGCAGUAUGUUUUGGGUCAGUGCCAUCCUGGAAGACCGAUCUAUGACCAAUCCUUAGUGUUUUGUCAGAGGGAAGAAGGUCCUCAUCCAAGAUUUUAUGGUAUAUGGCCCUGCCCAUUGGCCCCUUAAUGAGCUGAAGUCGUCCUGCACCCUUAGCAGAAAAACAGCACCAAAGCAUAAUGUUUCAGCCUCCGUGCUUCACUGUGGGGAUGGUGAUCUUUGAGUCAUACUCAGGAUUUCUCUUUAGUUUCAUGUGAGCACUGCACUUUCUGCCACGCUUCCUCUGAAUCAUUUAGAUGUUCACAGAUAUUAACGUUAAAACAGCCAUGUACAUGUGCCUUCUUGAGAAGGGGGAACUUGCAGGCAUUGUAAGAUUUCAAUCCAUUGUGGUGUAGUGCAUUACCAAUGAUGGUUAACAAGCUCCUCCCGUGUAGUUUUGGACCAAUUCGCCACCUUUCUCCUGAUCUUCCUCACCCCACGAGACAAGCUCUUGCACGGAGCUCCAGAUCAAGGGUGAUUGAUGGUCAUUUUAGAUUUUAUUUUCUUGAUUUCCAACACUUGUCGCUGACGUCCUCUGAAGGCUCUUUGGGUGUGGUUUAUACACAUAGUAAGUUGAGAUCAGGAGUAUCUGUACUUGAUUGAGUUACUGUCAUUUAAUCAGUCAAUCAAUCCAUGGGAGUCAGAAUUCCGGCUAGGUUAUAGGGUAUCUGUAGAAUGCACUCAACACACACUGGCUAUACUCACAGAUAUCAAGUUUAUUUAGGGUUUUAUGCAACAACCCACAGUCUUGUCAGCACUGGUCUCAGCUUUUCCAACCCUCCUCUCUCAUCUCCCGCCUCACUAAAAAGGGAUAAAGACUGUCAUCAGUCCAAACGCCACCAGCUGUGCUCUCACCUGCCUCCCCAGCACCGCCCCAUUGAGCUCACUGCACCACUCCUCCCCUGCAGCUAAGCCAGGGACCACACCUCCAUCACAGUAUCAAAUACUUACUUCACUCAGUGAUGUACGAAUGAAUUUAUAACAUUCAUGUAAUGUGUUUUUUUUCAUCUUUCUCCACUAAAAUGAAACUUCCAUAGAAAUGAGAGAGUUUAAUUAUUUUCUUUGUAAGUGACGAAAUGUGCAAAUUCAGCAAGGAAUCAAAUAAUUAGUGUCCCCCACUGUAAGGAGGCCAGUACAUGAAAGAAGGAGGGUUAAACAUUCUCAUACUUUAUCACUUUACAGUGUCAAUAAAUGUUUGUUUGUUUUUUAUUUGUGGAAUAAAGAAAUCUUUGUUAAUA